GUUGGUGGUUUGGAGGUAAAGAACCAGACAUUUGCAGAAGCAAUAAGUGAACCUGGUCUUGCUUUUGUUGCUGCCAAAUUUGAUGGUAUCCUUGGAAUGGCUUAUAGCACCAUAUCAGUUGAUGGUGUGGUACCUGUAUUUUACAACAUGUUCAAACAAGGAUUGGUUUCAGCACCUGUCUUCUCUUUUUAUCUAAGCAGAGACCCAGAUGCGCCAUUGGGUGGAGAACUUAUUCUUGGUGGUUCUGAUCCAAAACACUACAAAGGUGACUUCACAUAUUUACCAGUGGAUCGUAAAAUGUAUUGGCAGUUCAAAAUGGACAAGGUUCUUGUGAAUGGAGCCAGUCAGUCAACAUUCUGUGCAUCUGGUUGUGAGGCAAUUGCUGAUACUGGCACCAGCCUUAUCGCUGGACCACUUAGUGAAAUAAAAGACCUCAAUAAGGCCAUUGGAGCUACACCAAUUGUUGGUGGAGAAUACAUGGUUGACUGCACUCAGAUUCCUAAUCUACCUGCUAUUGACUUUGUUCUUGGUGGGAAAAAUUACACUCUAUUUGGAAAGGACUAUGUUCUCAGGGUAUCUUCAUUUGGAAAAACUGUAUGCUUGUCUGGCUUCAUGGGCAUUGAUAUACCACCACCACAUGGCCCGCUGUGGAUUCUGGGAGAUGUUUUUAUUGGCAGAUUCUACACCGAAUUUGACAUGCAAAACAAUCGUGUUGGUUUUGCUGAGUCUAUGUAGAAAUAAGUGUUCUGGCAGUAGUCACCAGUCCGUAACAUCGUCUUGCAGAUCAUAAUACAGAUAGUAAUGAGUGUUGUUACAUAUUUAAAAGUGACUUUUCCUGUAGUAAAGACACUGAUUUAAGUUUAAAAUUUUGUGUAAAGCUUUAAUCACUUGUUAUUAAAUAACGAAUCGCCAAAAAAAGUAGGCUUCAUGAAUUUUGUUAUAAUGUAAAUGCAUUAUGUAUUUACCAAAUUUAAGUUCAUUUAGGCAGUGUAAGACAUUCUCUGAAAUGUUGAAGACCAAAUAAAGUUGGAACACUUGAAAAGAAA